AGGGUUAUUUAGACGCACGUCGUGAUUGUGGUUAAUGGCGGCGUGCAGUCGGUGAAUUGGAACAUUUCUUUGAACUUCAGAAAUAUAAUACAACACAGGAAGUACAGUAGCGGAACAUUUAAAAGAUGGAUUUCCAACAUCGUGCUGGAGGGAAGACGGGCACGGGCGGAGUUGCUUCGUGGUCCGAGUCGAACAGAGACAGAAGAGAAAGACUGCGGCAACUCGCCUUGGAGACAAUCGAUCUUCAGAAAGACCCGUACUUCAUGAAGAACCAUUUAGGUUCCUAUGAGUGCAAGCUGUGCCUCACACUUCACAACAACGAAGGUAGUUACUUGGCCCACACACAGGGAAAGAAGCAUCAGGCGAAUCUCGCCAGACGAGCUGCGAAAGAGGCCAAAGACGCUCCACAGUUACCUGCCCCAUCAAAGCCCAGGGUGGACAUUAAGAAGUUUGUCAAGAUUGGUCGGCCUGGCUACAGAGUUACCAAACAACGAGAUGGCGACACCGGACAGCAGUCUCUCUUGUUCCAAGUGGACUACCCUGAAGUCGGCGACACAGUGGUUCCCCGACAUCGUUUUAUGUCGGCCUACGAGCAGAAGGUGGAGCCCCCUGACCGCCGUUGGCAGUACCUCCUUUUUGCUGCGGAACCCUACGAGACCAUUGCUUUCAAAGUUCCAAGUAGAGAAGUGGACAAAUCGGAUGGCAAGUUCUGGACCAUGUGGAACAAGGACACCAAGCAGUUCUUCCUGCAGUUCAGCUUCAAGAUGGACAACAAGCCCAAGGCAGGACCAGCAGGGCCAAAUCCUGGAGGUAUGCCACCUCCAGGAAAUGCACCAAGUAGCUAACGGUACAAUAAAUGGUCUCUUAAUAAA